AUGGCGACCGAGAAGCGGUAUCCCUUCUGGCUCGGCGGCGCGUCGGCCUCGAUCGCCGCCUUCUUCACCCACCCGCUCGACCUCACAAAGACGCGCAUGCAGACCGCCUCGUCCAAACAGGGCAUGCUCCCCCUCCUCGUCAACACCUUCAAGACGGAGGGCUACCGAGGGUGGUACGUCGGUCUCAGCGCCAGCCUGCUCAGGCAGAUGACGUACAGCGUCACAAGAUUCGGAGCAUACGACAAGUUCAAGCAGAUGGCGAGAUCUCCGGGCGACGAUCCAAAGAAACCCAUGCCAGCGUGGAAGAUGGCCCUCUGUGCGAGCGCUGCCGGUGCCGCGGGCGGACUGGCGGGCAACCCGGCAGACAUCAUCCUCGUACGAAUGACGUCCGACGUCAACAAGCCACCAAGCGAGCAAUACAAGUACCGCAACGCGCUGCAGGGAGUGGCGAGGAUGACGAGGGAGGAGGGCGUAGGGAGCCUGUUCCGCGGCCUCGGGCCCAACACGGUGCGAGCCAUUCUGAUGAACGCGAGCCAGCUUACAACAUACGACUUUUUCAAGAACACGCUCCUCUCCUCGGGUUUCUUUCAGGAGGGCACGCUGCUGCACUUUAGCGCCUCCUUUAUGGCGGGGACCGUUGCGACGACGGUCUGCUCGCCUGCCGACGUGAUCAAGUCGAGGGUGAUGAAUGCGAGCGGGACCGGGCAAGGGAUCCUGGGCACGUUGACAAAGUCGCUCCGGAAAGAGGGGCCCGCCUUCCUCUUUCGCGGCUGGACGCCGGCGUGGAUGCGCCUCUCGCCGAAUACCAUCAUCGUCUUUGUCGUCCUGGAAAAGCUACGGCUCGUCGUCGACUGGACAAGAGAGCGGAAACCGACCGCACCGUCCUCGCCGUCGUCCUCGUCGGGUGGCAUCCAGACAAGAUCUUAG